UGAGCUUUAGUCAGAGUAGCGUCGCUCGACCUUCACGCACAUUCGGUUGGAAUGAUAACAUUUCGCUGUUACAAGUUUUUAUUCACAUUAAAAGAUGCGACGUUUACGUAAUGAGGAUGAGUUCGAAUUCUAUGUUGUUCAAUUCCUGGAUUUACCUUUUGAAGGUAUUGAUGAUUACGUCUGCGUACCAAACACCUGGAUGAUAUCAAAAAGAACGGUGAACAACAGGGCUGCAGUUGCCUACCCUGAAGAGAAAAUAGCCCUUAUAGAAGAGCGCGUUAAGAGAAAAGAGGGAUACUGUAAUAAUUGGAGAUUUUAUAGUGCUGUCAUCAAAUAUCAGUCAAAUAUAUACGAAAUUGCAGAACAAUGGAUAAUAGAGUCAAGAAGAAAUCAACGACCUUUUAUAGAAAGAAAUGCAGAUAAUUUAGAAGUAAGAGAAACAAGAAGAAUUCCUGAUAUGCAACCAGCAUCUUCGUUAAGGUCAAGGUCAAGGACCAAGCGACCAGGACCACCAGAACUGUACAAACAACUUGAUACGAAACAUUUAAAACUGAAUAAAGAUGCUCAAAGUCCAUCUCCUGGACAAAUUUCACAACCAAGACCGUCACAGCCAAAUCAGCAAGACUCACAACGGCAACUGAAUAUACCGAAAAUUCGCGCCGACGUUGCCAAUGAACUUCUCAACUCAAGAAAAAUGUCUACUCUUCAAGGGCUCCUGAAAUCAAUUCGACAUACGUUAUCAGCUACAGAUAGAGCACCUAUGGAGAGAACAAAUGACAGCACUUGUGUCUCUUUUGCAAGUAGAUCUGCAGACAGUCCAACAGCUCCUCAAAACACUACUUCAAUUAACCCUACUACUCAACAUGUCAGAUUUCAAUUAGAGCAGCAAAUGUUAGACAACUUUUCAAUUCUCUCCACUCAAAUGGGCUCUGUUUUGCUUAAUACUAUUUUUAUGUACGAAAACUUACGCAGUUCCAUUCUCGAGACUGCUCAUAUAUAUAAAAAGUUACUAAGAGCAGUUGAACUAUUUAACUCAAUACAAAAUUCAACCGGCAAUGAAACUUUUCCGAUUAACUUGAGACCAGAAGUCCGAAAGUCUCCUGAAGAAAUACGAACUGAAGUAACUGCAAGCACAAGUUCGAGUGGUCAAGAUCGACAUAGUAACCACGAUGCUAACAAACCACCGGAAAAUAAACACGAGUCGUGGCGUUUUGGUCUACCACCGGAAUAUGAUCGUCAUGACACAAGAUGGACAUUGAAGUAUAGAAGAAAUCUACCAGGACUUGUAGAACUUAUACCACAAAGUGGUGUUUUUAUUAGUUACAGAGUCCUCAAAUACUGCCAGCAUGUAUCAAAAGACUGCAAAUCAUUAGCUCGACGAUUAUUAUCAGCAGUAUUCAGCAUAAAGGCACUGAGUGUUUGUUCGACAAUGACUGAAAAAGCGCAAGCUCCUGUUGGAACUGAUGCAAGGCCAGAAUUAGAUAACCAUGCGUGUGAGGUACUGCUAAAUUACGUUUUUGACUACGGACUCCAACAGGGUUGGAAUAGGGACCUGAGUUCUAUUCUUAGUUCUAUAGACGAAACGAUUUUUAAAAUUCGGAUCUAUCACCGUAUCGUGGUUGAACGCUAACUGUUUACGACCUGUUGGUCAUAAUUACAUAAUAUGAUUUCAUAAUGUAUUGAUGCUAAUUGAAAGUGAAUUUUAUGAAUUUUGUAACUAUAUAGUGAUUAUUUCAAUACGUGUUAAUGGAAAAGCGUGAAAGUGAAAAUUUGUCUAGCUUUUAUCUCAUUUAUGUAUUAGAAAUAGCUGUAAGUUUUUUUUUCAAAUUAUGUAUAAAUUGUUCUGCUAGUAUCGUAAGUACUCUUUAAAUGUUGAGAAUAAUGAAUAAUUUAUACAAUAUACAUAUAAUUAUUGAUUUUAUAUAAGGAUAUCUACCAAAGAAUUUUAGAACUCAUUAGGAUACAAGGCUUACAUUACUUUUA